AUGUUCUAUGAACAAGUGGCUGGUCCAGUGAGUAACAUUAGCUAUCUGUUGACACCCAUUCUCAACUGGAUCCACCUCGACCGGGGCGGUACUACGUCCUGAAAUAGUUGUGAAUUCGGAAUAUUGUGGUUUGCUUACAACCAGGAAUUAUAGAUGGCCCGUUUCUACCGGUGAGAUGCAGAAAUGCGUGUGUUUGUGUGUAGUAAGGAAAUCCUCGAUUUUUAUGACACAUUAUAUGUAAAUAACAUAUUAACUGACAUAUAAAGUGAAAGAGCAGUGGUGACAUUUGCCUUUAAGCUAGCUAAUUGUUUGCACCCAAAUUGGCCAUUUUAAUUUAUAGGAUUUAGAUAACAUUCAAUAAAUGUAGUACCCAACAUCCAAUUUGGACCAAAUUUACCAAUGAGUAACACAUGAGGAAUCAAAAAUGGUCAAAAGCCACCCACGGACCCCCCCCUCCCAAACCCCCAUGCCAAUCCCAUCCCAACAACCAGUGUACAGAAUCAGUUAUCUGUAUUAUGAAGCUGUGGCAGGGUGUAUUGCUUCUCCAUACUACACUGCUCAAAAAAAUAAAGGGAACACUAAAAUAACACAUCCUAGAUCUGAAUGAAUGAAAUAAUCUUAUUAAAUACUUUUUUCUUUACAUAGUUGAAUGUGCUGACAACAAAAUCACACACAAAUGAUCAAUGGAAAUCAAAUUUAUCAACCCAUGGAGGUCUGGAUUUGGAGUCACCCUCAAAAUGUAAGUGGAAAACCACACUACAGGCUGAUCCAACGUUGAUGUAAUGUCCUUAAAACAAGUCAAAAUGAGGCUCAGUAAUGUGUGUGGCCUCCACGUGCCUGUAUGAUCUCCCUACAACGCCUGGGCAUGCUCCUGAUGAGGUGGCGGAUGGUCUCCUGAGGGAUCCAGACCUGGACUAAAGCAUCCGCCAACUCCUGGACAGUCUGUGGUGCAACGUGGCGUUGGUGGAUGGAGCGAGACAUGAUGUCCCAGAUGUGCUCAAUUGGAUUCAGGUCUGGGGAACGGGCGGGCCAGUCCAUAGCAUCAAUGCCUUCCUCUUGCAGGAACUGCUGACACACUCCAGCCACAUGAGGUCUAGCAUUGUCUUGCAUUAGGAGGAACCCAGGGCCAACCGCACCAGCAUAUGGUCUCACAAGGGGUCUGAGGAUCUCAUCUCGGUACCUAAUGGCAGUCAGGCUACCUCUGGCGAGCACAUGGAGGGCUGUGCGGCCCCCCAAAGAAAUGCCACCCCACACCAUGACUGACCCACUGCCAAACCGGUCAUGCUGGAGGAUGUUGCAGGCAGCAGAACGUUCUCCACGGCGUCUCCAGACUCUGUCACAUGUGCUCAGUGUGAACCUGCUUUCAUCUGUGAAGAACACAGGGCGCCAGUGGCGAAUUUGCCAAUCUUGGUGUUCUCUGGCAAAUGUCAAAAACGUCCUGCACGUUGUUGGGCUGUAAGCACAACCCCCACCUGUGGACAUCGGGCCCUCAUACCACCCUCAUGGAGUCUGUUUCUGACUGUUUGAGCAGACACAUGCACAUUUGUGGCCUGCUGGAGGUCAUUUUGCAGGGCUCUGGCAGUGCUCCUCCUGCUCCUCCUUGCACAAAGGUGGAGGUAGCAGUCCUGCUGCUGGGUUGUUGCCCUCCUACGGCCUCCUCCACGUCUCCUGAUGUACUGGCCUGCCUCCUGGUAGCGCCUCCAUGCUCUGGACACUACGCUGACAGACACAGCAAACCUUCUUGCCACAGCUCGCAUUGAUGUGCCAUCCUGGAUGAGCUGCACUACCUGAGCCACUUGUGUGGGUUGUAGACUCCGUCUCAUGCUACCACUAGAGUGAAAGCACCGGCAGCAUUCAAAAGUGACCAAAACAUCAGCCAGGAAGCAUAGGAACUGAGAAGUGGUCUGUGGUCACCACCUGCAAAACCAGUCCUUUAUUGGGGGUGUCUUGCUAAUUGCCUAUCAUUUCCACCUGUUGUCUAUUCCAUUUGCACAACAGCAUGUGAAAUGUAUUGUCAAUCAGUGUUGCUUCCUAAGUGGACAGUUUGAUUUCACAGAAGUGUGAUUGACUUGGAGUUACAUUGUGUUGUUUAAGUGUUCCCUUUAUUUUUUUGAGCAGUGUAUAAUAUAUUCCCUGUGAAUCUGGUAAUGUUCAGAGAAAUUAUUAAAUACUGAACCAAAAUAUAAACGCAACAAUUUCAUUGAUUUUACAUUUUAGUCAUUUAGCAGACGCUCUUAUCCAGAGCGACUUACAGUUAGUGAGUGCAUACAUUUUUUAUACUGGCCCCCCGUGGGAAUCGAACCCACAACCCUGGCGUUGCAAACACACCAUGCUUUAUCAACUGAGCUACACGGGAGUUAGUUCAUAUGAGGAAAUCAGUCAUUUGAAAUAAAUUCAGUAGGCCCUAAUCUAUUGAUUUUACAUGACUGGGAAUACAGAUAUGCAUCUGUUGGUCACAGAUACCCCCAAAAAAGUUUUGCCUCAGGAUCUCAUCACUGUAUUUUUGUGCAUUCAAAUUGACAUCAAUAAAAUGCAAUUGUGUUCGUUGUCCGUAGUUUAUGCCUGCCCAUACCAUAACCCCACCGCCACUAUGGGGCACUCUGUUCACAACCUUGACAUCAGCAAAUCACUCGUUCACACGACGCCGUACACGUGGUCUGCGUUUUUGAGGCCGGUUGGACGUACUGCCAAAUUCUCUAAAACGACUUUGGAGGCGGCUUAUGGUAGAGAAAUUAACAUAAAAUUAUCUGGCAACAGCUCUGGUGGACAUUCCUGCAGUCAGCAUGCCAAUUGCAUGCUCCUUCAAAACUUGAGACAUCUGUGGCAUUGUGUUGUGUGACAAAACUGCAUAUUUUAGUGGCCUUUUAUUGUACCCAGUACAAGGUGCACCUGUGUAAUGAUCAUGCUGUUUAAUCAGAUUCUUGACAUGCCACACCUGUGAGGUAGAUUAAUUAUCUUGGCAAAGGAGAAAUGCUCACUAACAGGGAUGUAAACACAUUUGUGCACAAAAUAUGAGAGGAAAAAAAGCUUUUUGUCUGUGGAAAAUAUCUGGGAUUUUUUAUUUCAGCUCAUGAAACAUGGGACCAACACUUUUUUUAAAUGUUGCGUUUAUAUUUUUGUUCAGUAAAUGAAAGUGUGUGUUUUUGUGUUUUAGGCACCAACAAACAGCGUUGCUUAGCUAGCAGAGGGGGCUCUCCUUGUAUGGGCCCCGACUGUGGAGUCUUGCAUUUAUGUGUGUCUGUUUGUAUGGAGUAGUUGGAUGGAUGUCUUUUUUUCCUGGAAACCUGUGCUCUGGCACUAGGCUCUCUGUGAAGGAGAGAGGGAGGUAGAGGGGGAAGCUUAUAGAGGUCUGCAGUGUGUUCAUGGCUUCUCUCUUCUUCUCUGCCCUCUCUCCCUCCUUUUACCGAAGGUCUUUCACCCUGCAGCACUGCAAAGAAAGAGUGAAACUUUGUGAAAUAUUAUUCUCACCCUCUCUCUCCUCUGACUGAGUCAGCUCCACAAAGACUGAAGGUUUUGUUUUUAUAUUGUUAUUGAGCAGCAGACCGAGCCCAUCUGACGGAGAACAGUACCUCAGAGCGCCAACUACUUAUACACUUGUCUUUUUCUCUGUGUCUCAGGUGUGGCGGAUGGUGUAGGUGGAUGGAGGGACUACGGGGUGGACCCGUCCCAGUUCUCUGCCACCCUGAUGAGGACGUGUGAGCGACUGGUGAAGGAGGGCCGCUUCACACCCAGCAGCCCUGUGGGCAUCCUCACCUCUGGCUACUAUGAGCUCCUACAGAACAAAGUACCCCUGCUUGGUGAGUACACAUACUACAUUCUCUCUCUCUUUGUCACUCACUCACUCGCACACACACAGUAUAAUGCAUGUGGGGGGACAGGACAGGCCGGGUGAGUAAUACACACACCACACACACACACACACUCAAGCUAACACAUGCAUUGUGCUCUGGUAAAUAACAUAUCUGCAGCAUGAGUCAGAGACUGUGUGUGCUGUUGCCUGGGUAUCCCUGCCCACUGAGCUGCACUCAGUCACUCCAUCCAAAAAUAUCAUUAUACAAAGCUUUCCUCCCUAUUAAUUAUGUAGCUGAAAUGGUGCCGUCCUUCAGUCUGCCACCACCCAGUUCCAAGGUCCAAUUCCACAGAGGUCAUUGGGACAAACACCUGACCAAGUCUUUAGCCCCCGCUCCCCCCUCCUCAGUUACCAUUUCACCCCAUUCCAGAGCGCCUAAAAGGUCAGUGGAAGGAGCAGUAACUGACACUGCUUACGGGUCCACACGUUCUUUUUUUUACGGCACUGGCGUGUAAAAACGUGACAGACUGAGGCCACAUUUCAACUGAGACCCAACACCACAGGCAAGGCUGCCUGCACUGAGAGACACUACGAUCCACCAAGUCACACGAUGUUUGUCUAUCAAAAGUGACCCACUUCUUAUUUUGGGAUCGUGUGACAGCAAUUAAAGCCUAGUUCUGUGCUUGACCGUCCCUUCUGAAGGUCAGUGGUAGAGUAGGAGCUGCAGAGUGGGGACAGGGGAAGGACAUGGCAUUUGUUUUUAGUAUGUGCCAGAUUGACUGGUCCAACAUGUGAUCUCACACACCCCCUCCCUGCUGUAGUGGUAACAACACAGUUUUUAACACAAGGAGAAAUGGAUAUCAGGUGAUAGCUAACCACCAUAUGUUGUUAUAUUCCCUCUCUCACUCUCUUCUCCCCUCUCCACUUCCCCAGGGAGCAGCACAGCAUGUAUCGUGGUCCUGGACCGACAGAGCCAUCAACUGCACACGUGUAAUCUAGGGGACUCUGGUUUCCUGGUGGUGCGAGGGGGAGAGGUGGUGCACCGCUCAGACGAACAGCAGCACUACUUCAACACCCCUUUCCAGCUGUCCAUUGCUCCCCCAGGGGCAGAGGGAGUGGUACUCAGUGACAGGUCAGUCCCCUCCACCACCUUCACUUCUCUGACCCUCCACCUGGUCUCAAAUUACCAUUCAUAUUGAGAGAACUGGCUUUAUGGCCCCGCCAUGAACUUUAAAAUGACUAACACCAAAUCAAAACUGUGUAGAAAUGUUUAAUGGGCCUACAUUUAUUCCGUUUCUUGACCGUGUCCAGCUUGCUAACUAUCACCUAAAUGAAAGCUAGACAGUCGGGGAGCAUCGGAAAGUUGGACUAUUUCUUGCUAAUUUUGACAGCGAGGAAAUAUAACAUAUUUUCAGUGUGGCCCCCCGGACCUCGUCGAAGACCGAUUGCACCUCAUGGGGUAAAAUGAGUUUGAUACCUCAGCUUUAGACGAUACACCUGGAGCAAAUGACAGGUUGUCAUUGGAAAUAAGGUUAAAUAAAAUCGUAUCUAGAAUUUUCUUUCUCCUCCUCAGUUCACAGAAGGAUUUAAAAGGAACGUUGGCUAGAUAAAGAAUAAGCUUUGUCCUCGUUGUGGGACUGUAUUAUUGGCUACAUCACAGCCAUGUGACACUGUGCCCUCGUUAGCUAGUUUAGGCCAAACAACAGCCCCCCCACCAAUAGCCCUCAAGCCAUUUUCAGCCUGGCCUGGAGACCACUUGAGCUGCUAGGUGCUGGCAGGGUAUAUUUUCCUUCCCUCUUUUCUAUUGAGGGGCCAUGUGACAGCAACCAACCCCUCACUUCAGCUGUUCUGCCAACAGUGUGUAGUGCCUGGGCCCGUGCCAGACGCGCGCACACAGAGAGGCCAGUAGCACACAGAGAGGCCAGUAGCACACAGAGAGGCCAGUAGCACACAGAGAGGCCAGUAGCAGACCCCUUUCCGCUGGGCUUGUUCUUUUUCUCUCUCCAAAUUUAAAUGAGACAUUUAUUGUUUUAUAUUGCAGUCCUCACUGCAAGACCUUCAGGCUCUCAUAUAACGAUCGCAUUAACACGCACACUUAUACAAUGUCGCCAUUUAUGGUUCCAUGCAUAUGUACCGCUCAGCAAACUCACACACAUUCACAUGUUCACAUUUGCUCUCUGUCUUUCUGGCAUGGAGGAGGUUUAAUACGGGGAAAUACCACGGUAACAGAAUUGCAAAAAAAACUUGAUUUCUACUUUGUAUCUGCACAAUUCUUCCUGUAAAUGUGUUUCUGUGCAUUUUUUUGUGAAAAUUGUUACAAGCAGUCCUUGUGCAUAGAGUUCUAUGGUUUGUUAAACUUUGAAAUCAAGGUUUUGUUUAGUAUCCAUUUUAAAGCCUCAGCAUAAAUCCAUUACCAUAGAAUUACCCUAAGGUAAAACUAUUAUUUCGGGAGGAGAUAUCUAUCUGACUGAAGAAGUGCCAUCUUGUAGAAUUCCUUUUUCACGUCAUUGAGUCACUUAGACUUUUCCAGGAAGCCUGUUGACUCAAACUGUCCUCAUUGAUACCAACUGAGACGGGUUAGAAUAAAAGAACAGUCUUGGCGGAAUCAAGGGCAGAGGGUUACGGCCGGCUCCCCUACCCUGGCUAGGAGCCAGAGAUCAUGCUGGGCCUGGUGGGUGGGGCUGGAGCAGGGCAGGCUGCACUGUGUGCCAGGAGGAAUCGGCUGUCUUAUUACCCAGCCAUCAUAUCCCUCUGAGGCACAGUCACCUUUUGACCUGAUUCCUCCUGAUCAUGUUUGUGAGGAGCACUAGUACUGUCUACCUGGUAGCAGCUCUCUGGUGCCCUCUGGCAGGCCCUGAUUGACAGUGCUGUCCUGUGUUCUCCUCCCCAGCCCUGAGGCCGCUGAUAGCUCCUCCUUCGAUGUCCAGCUGGGUGACAUCAUCCUGACCGCCUCGGAUGGCCUCUUCGACAACAUGCCCGACUACAUGAUCCUGCAAGAGCUCAAAAAGCUCAAGGUACCACAUCACAGUACCUCCUAACUGCUUGUACACACACUUAAAUCUACACAUUCACCUUGGUAAAUACCUGCACACAUUUCUUCGUCCUAAUGCUAACGCUUGUAUUUCUCAGAGCGCCAACUAUGACAGCAUCCAGCAGACGGCACAGAGCAUUGCAAAGCAAGCCCACGAACUGGCCUAUGACCCCAACUACAUGUCCCCUUUCGCUCAGUUUGCCUGUGACAAUGGCCUGAAUGUAAGAGGUACGUAUUGGGUUCUUAGGAAGACCUUUAUGUCCCUAAUAACACCUCCAGCUCCACUGUAUUUUUAUGCCCUCCGUCAGCUUGCAGAUUGGGUCAUUCAAAGUUGACUUUGAACUCUGGAAAUCCAAUUAACACGUUCUCUUUUGUCUUGUCCUGCAGGGGGGAAACCUGAUGACAUCACGGUGCUGCUGUCCAUAGUGGCAGAAUACACAGACUAA